AUGAUCACUGGAGUACACUCCUCCCGCCUCCGGGUCAAGAACGGCCUCUUUGGCAUGUCCCAGGAUUACACCCUGAUAGCCCAAGCCCUUAACCUCAUCCAUAGAUCGGGCAACUUGCGUCUUGUUGGAUCCAGCACAGAAAUGAUUUGGCUGAUUGACUUCGGAUUUCCCGUCUAUGGUAUCUACACUCGAAGGCUUGCGACUCGGAAGGAGUCUCCGAUUGGCGAAUCUGGGACGUACGCUCACUUAGAAGCGGAAGAGUCUCGGAGUGGGGUAGCAAACAGCUCGGAGUCAAGCACCGAGUGGCAUCCCACCCCGUUGAACUUUGAUAAGGAAUCGCUUUUCCGACUGACUCUCAUCGGAAUCGAGGAAAAUAUGAUCUCCCGCCUCAACGUGCAGCGAAUCGCCCGGGCGAGCACCCGCCAGAAAGCCACGGCGUUGCCCAUUGGACGAAGGCAACUGACCCUCUUGCAUCCUCCGAAGUUCGCGAAUGAGAAAUUUCUCGAUUACGCCAAAGGUUCCCCCGAGAGAGCCUCCCUCAUCGAGGCUUUGGGACAGUUGAAAAGCCAGAUGCCCAUUAAGAUCCCAAUCGUUGUCAAUGGGACUACGCUCAAAUCGAAUAAUUUCAAACCUCAAGUGAAUCCUUCCAAGCACAGCCAGUCUUUAGCCGAGUAUGCCUGCGCCACGCCGGAUCAAACUAAUGCAGCUAUUGAUGCUGCGUUGAAGGCCAAGCCUGACUGGGAGGCUCUCCCUUUUGAGGACCGUGCCUCUAUCUUCCUGAGGGCCUCGGAACUAAUUGCUGGUAAAUACCGAUCUGACGUUGUUGCUUCAACCAUGCUCGGCCAAGGUAAGAAUAUUUGGCAAGCCGAGAUUGAGGCUCCCAGUGAGACUGUCGACUUCUUCCGAUACUACGUCCAAGACGCCUGGAAGCUUUAUUCGUACCAGCCGACAGAGCAGCCUGCUGGCAACUGGAACAAGAUGGAGUACCGACCAUUAGAGGGUUUCGUGUACUCUGUUGCUCCGUUCAACUUCACUGCUCUCGGCGCAACUCUGAUCGGGCCAGCUGCUCUGCUUGGUAAUGUCGUGGUCUGGAAACCCUCGGACUACGCUAUUCACUCUGCCUACCUCAUCCACCAAAUACUUCUAGAGGCUGGACUUCCUAGGGACGUGAUCCAGUUCCUCCCGGGUGAUGCCGAGACGAUCACAAAUACCGUCCUCAGGCGACCCGAGUUUGCCGGCAUCAGCUUUAUCGGGUCUACCCAGGUCUUCAAGGGUAUUCAGAAAAAGAUUGGGGAUGGCGUGGGGAAGGGUGUUUACAACUCAUACCCUCGAGUUGUAGGCGAGACUGGCGGCAAGAACUGGGGCGUGGUUCAUUCCUCAGCCGAUGUCAAGAGCGCAGCUUUUCAUACUAUUCGGGGAGCUUUUGAAUACCAGGGCCAAAAGUGCUCUGCGUGCUCUAGAGUAUAUGUUGCGGAAUCUGCCUGGCCAAGGUUCAAAAAGCAUCUCCAAGAACAGCUUUCCAAGCUCAAGGUUGGCGAUGUGGAGGAGUUCGAUAACUUCAUCAACCCAGUCAUUCACGAGGCCUCUUUCGAUAAGCUGAAUAGGGUAAUCGAGGACGCCAAGAACGAUCCCGAGCUUGAGCUCGUUGCAGGAGGUAAAGCUUCCAAAAAGAAGGGCUAUUUCGUUCAUCCGACGGUCUAUCAGACGACUAAUCCGCGACAUGACAUCAUGUCCCGUGAACUAUUUGGCCCUAUCUUGGGCGUUUAUGUCUAUCCUGAUGCUGAAUGGGAGAAAACGCUAGAGCUAGUUGACACCACCUCGCGCUAUGGCCUGACAGGCAGCAUCUUUGCCAUGGACCCUUUCGCAUCACGGCAAGCGCAGACGAAGCUCAAGCAUGCUGCAGGAAUGUUGUACAUCAAUACUAAAUGCACGGGAUCUGUCGUUGGGCAACAACCUUUCGGCGGCAGUCGGGAUUCCGGUACUAACGACAAGACUGGCACGCUUGCUCAUCUCCAGCGUUUUACGAGUGUCAGGUCAAUCAAGGAGGAGUACAAUCCUCUGAACGAAAUCCAGUACCCUUCUAAUCAGGUGUAA